UCAACAGAGUUUCAGAAAAUAUGUUUGUAGGGAGAAAGUUUUUUUCAAUAGUAUGAAUAUGCAUUUUGAACAUGCAAAGGAAAAUAAUAAGGGUUUUAGAUCAAACCUACAUUGCAGUUUUUCUCCAGUAAGCAUUUUUAUUUCUUUGAUUGAAACAUACUUUUCUACAGAAGUUAACGUUGAUACAAUUAUUAAUGAUUGACUCACAUUGUCGAUUUAAUCGGAGAGUGUAUACAAGCUUGUGGUGUUGCCAUUAUUAAUAUAUUAGACAGAUAAUAUCAUGGAUAAUUGUUGUUGCGACAUUUGAAAAAAGGAGAAACAAUAUGUAAAUGGGAUGAUAUUUUCUUUUAUGAUUCGCGAAUGAGUUCCCAAGUGUAAACAUGUAACGACUAUAUAAAUCCUUUAAUGUGUUUUUUUGUGUGUGUAUGUGUUCAUUUGCGCGACUUUUUAACCCAAUACUUUUAUUCAAGAACAGAUAUUUCAGUAUCAUUAUCAUUCGGUGUGCGGAAAAUGCGGGUCAUAGAUAUCUAAAACAGAACGGACGUUGUACAGGAUUUUAGAAAGUUCUUUGUUUUUUGGGGUUUUUUUUGGUCAAAUUUAUAGCUGAAUUCAGAAAAAAUACUUAAAAACUACAUAAAAUGUUGGUUUUUGACCUGAUAAAAGCUGCAUGUGUACGGCUGGUAUUGUUGGUGCACAGUUUGCUGGUGAUAUGGCUGGCAGCUAGUAUAACUCACCAGCGUUUCUACUGGAUCCUGGCACUGGCUAACAUUGGUCUUCUGACCGAAUCUUUUAUUACGCUGAUAAGAAAUAAAGGACAAGAAUGGAAAUGGUUCUGUCCAUGCUUCUUCUUUUACCUGUGCAGCACGAUUCCAGGUAUCUGGGUGCUCGAGCUGGACAGGAUGAAUGGCUAUCAGGAAAAAUCCCGAGAACAGCGUGACCAUAGCAAACCUAUUGAAACCACGACGGUUAAUACAACGCAGAUCACUAGACAAACACUAGAUACAAUUCAAGGGAUGACUAUCCCCAUUGUAUUAGAGACGGAAACCUGGGUGAUUAUCAUGGAACAACUCUUCCUGUAUUUGAUGAUCCUUUCCCGAUGGAUUUUGCCAAGAGGGGAGAUAACUCGAAAUGAGUUGUCCCAACUUCUUUUCGUCUUUAUCGGAAUAGCCUCGGACAUUACCGAGCUGUUCGCGUUGUUCGAAGAGUCUGCUGUACGCAUGAGUACAAAUCUUACCUACGUAAUAUUGUGUAUUUGGAGCAUCAGUUUACUUCAAUUUACAUUUGUUCUCACUUCCACUCACAGUCCAAAGAAAACACGAACUGCUCUUGCCACACCGACAGCUUCUGGUGUUGACGAGGAAGAUAAUGAAGAAAAACAGAACAUAAUCACAGCGUUCUUCCAGACCGAGGUUUGGAGUAUUUGUAUAAACUUCUUGCUCCAAGAUGGCCCGUUUCUGGCAGUUCGACUGUUCACGAUGAUUGAAUUCAAAGUACUCACGUACAGUAUCAUUUUCUUCACGGCCAAGAACGGUCUUCUGGUCAUGCUACUUGUCUACCGUCUAUCUGCCCUCUGCUUGGAAAGGAGGAGCAAAAUCGGUGCCACAGAAGACGAGUCGUCUUCCAUUGGCUCUAAGAAAGCUCUAGAUAAAUCUGCAGAGUUUAUAGGAGAAAUUGAUGAAACAAAGAAAGACAGAAAUGCAAUGCCAAUGACUGAAACUAGAAAGCGGAACGGAAAUAAUAGCCCUGAAAACGAGCAGUAAUUUGCUUUAUUAACAUUAUCAAAAGCCCGAGUUCUUUUUGAUGUGCUUUUUCUAAAACCACAGUGCAGUAAAUUGUUUGACAAAAUUGUCAAUACGGACAUAUUUGAAUUUACGUCUUGUAUGUAAAUGUGUAUGUAUUCGUAAAUGAUUCUUUCUGUACCGAAAUACUUGAUGAACUCUGUAAAAUUUAAAGUGCUUUCAUUUCUUACUAUUUAAAUGUAUAUGUAGAUAUCAUUUUCAUUUAAAGUUAAUAGAUAGAGCUAUCUAGAAAUUCUGCGUGUAUUUUUCGUCUAAAUUAGAAUAGCAAGCAGAAGCCCUUUAAAUUCUAAAAUUUUCAUUUUUCUGUUUAAUACGAUGUCAAUGUUGUACAAAAUUCUUAUAUUGUGCUUGUAUUUACUUCAAGUUACAUAAUUAUGUAUAUAUAUCAAUGUCUUGGUCAAAUCUUUCUUUUCUUGUCAUUCAUUAAGCGCAAUAAAUUCGUAUGUUUUCAUUUACAAAGAUUUACUUG